AUGACACCAGAACCUGGAGAAACUCGUUUUGGAAUGGACAUCAAACGAACUGAUGAGGGCUUUAUCUGUGUCUACUCAGUGACGAAAGGUUCAGCAGCUGGUCGGGCUGGCCUUAGCGACCUAUAUGAAGAGGCAAAUAAAAUCGGCCACCUUCUCGUCAUUUCUCGAUUAGAAGGAAAGAGUCUAAUGCCUUCAAGUGUCUGCUCGAUGGGGCUCAUGCACUGCUGCGAUCAAAAUGAAAUUAAGGACAGUCUCAUUUAUGCCAUGGACCAAAUGGAUUCAAUCCAAAUCCACCUCAUGGCUUGGCCUAAUCACACUUAUGCUAGCAACGCUAAAGCAAAUGGUGUUGUAACCCUUCAACCUCCAAAGGGUCUUUGA